GGCAGCGGUUUGUGUAGGUUGAGUUGAAUAUUGCGGAGAAGAACUCACUCAAAUAUUUACGACAUCCCGAAAAUGUCGUCUGAUAGCGAGAUGGACGAGUUUUAUGAUGCUGAAGAUCAUUCUCCGGAACUACAUAAUGUAUCACCUGAUCCAGUUGAUUUGCCAAAACAAGAUGGAACAUCAACUGAGGCUGAAAGUUCAUCGCAGUUAUUACAGACAGAAAGUUCCACCUUUGAGAGGAAAAGCUAUGAGAAUAACGAAUUAGGGAAAAUGUUGGAAGUACUCCAUAAAAAAUCACAACUUGAAGAAAGUGAAAUAUUUGAAGCCGAAAAGAAGGUGCUAGAGAAUAGGAGAAGACGCCGCAAAGUCGAACUGUUGCGGCAAGCCUUGUCCGAAGACAAAUCCCCGUUGAAGAAUGACAGUGAAGAUUUAUUUAAAGACUUUGAUGUUCCUGGCAAUACCGAUAAAGCCGAAGCAUCUUUACAUCCUGCUGAUUUUGAUAUCAAUAACAUACAAUUGUCUUCUAAGUCAAGUAGCAAUGAUAUAAUGUCCAAAAACGUUUGCCCUCCCCCUCUCAGUCUUUCAUCUCCUCUCUUAGAGCAAUCUUCCUCUUCUCUUGCUCAAACUUCUGCCGGCCAUCCUUUUACAGAUAUCAGUAUGACCGUCACAGUUCCUGAAAAGUUCCCAACCACCGGUGUCCUACAAGAUCCUUACUAUGCUGCUUCUACCGAUAUGUGUCUCAAAAACAAUAUAGUCAGUUUAGUGGCCAAAGACAAUGAACCAGAUAUCAUCCAAAGUGCUAAACCCCGUAAUUUAACCCCUCCUAAUACAAUGGACACAAAGAGUCAGAAUGUGUUACCUUCCACUCUAAAUCCACCUGUUGCUCCUCCCAGGCGUAAACGAAGACCAAAGAAUCUAUCAACAAGUCAUGAAAACUUGUCCAUGUAUUGUGUUUCUCCUGCGGAGUUGUUAACACCAGUAUCUACUGUGGAAUGUUUAACUAAAGAACUUCAACAUUCUCUUGAUUUACAAAGUGCCUUAGAAGGAAGUAGAAUAAUAAAUGCCGAGGAAGCUGAAACUGGUGCUGUGAACUCAGAUCAAGAUUCGGUAUCUCCUAUCAUGGAACAGAAUACAUUAGCUUCUUUAGAAAGUGAUGGUGUUUUACUAAGGCAAAAGUCUUUGCAAGAUUUUCCAAAAAGUAACAGUCUGCCCAGUGAUUACAGUCAAAUGUUAAGACCACGUUCAAAUUCCGGCCGUUCCCUUACAGACCAGGAAAUUUUGGAAUCCGUCUACAUAACUAAUCUUGAUACAGGACAAAAAGUCCCUCUAAGUGUGGCUGAAGACGAAUUACCUCGCUGUAUAAACCCACUUGAUUUACAUAUAAUUCAAAGGACACAUGAAUAUUUAGGUGAAGGUGAGGAUCGUAAAACUGAAGGUUCAGAAGAAGACGAAUGUAAAUCAGAAAAUAGCCGAAGCUUAUCUGACCAACAUGGGACCAAGAGCAAGGCUACAAAAAUUAAGAAGUUUAUCGGAAAAACUGUUGGCAAAACCAUGAAUCGUGUGAAAUCAGUAGCAGAUCAAAGUAAAAAAGUUCUUCAAGGGGAUGAAGCUGGCAUUGAAGAGGAAUAUUCCAUUGAUGGCAAGAUAUAUAAGAUUAAAGUAUCCAGCAGUAACAAGGGACCAUGGGAUUUUUCUCAGCCAAGACUUCUUCAGGACUUGAGUGGAGAACACUCGAAUGCAAUCUGGACCAUGAAAUUCUCGCCUUGUGGACGUUUACUGGCUACUGGUGGGCAGGACAGUGUUCUGAGAAUCUGGAUUCUAAAAAAUGCCUAUCUUUAUUUCGAAGAUAUGGGUCAAAAGUAUGCAGAUAAGAUGUCCCCCUCUACAUCCCGGGAAAGUUUGGAUUCCACCACAUCCUCUGAAACUUCCAAUUUGGAUAAAAAAGGAAUUGGACAAACUGAAGAUGAAUACAAAAAUGCUCCAUUUGUGAAAAAGCCUUUCUGCACCUAUAGAGGACAUUCUGCUGAUCUAUUAGAUAUUUCAUGGUCCAAGAACUAUUUCAUUCUGUCAUCAUCAAUGGAUAAAACAGUACGGCUAUGGCAUAUAUCGCGACGGGAAUGUUUAUGUACUUUCCAGCAUAUUGACUUUGUUACAGCUAUUGUGUUUCACCCUAAGGAUGACCGGUACUUUCUAAGUGGUUCUCUUGAUGGCAAACUACGGUUAUGGAAUAUACCUGAUAAAAAAGUGACUCUAUGGAAUGAAGUGAGCAGUCCGUCUAAUUUAAUCACAACUGCUAACUUCUGUAAUAAUGGGAAAUAUGCAGUAGUUGGCACUUAUGAUGGUAAAUGCAUAUUUUUUACAACAGAGCAACUAAAAUAUUCUACUCAGAUCCAUGUUCGAUCAACAAGAGGUAAAAAUGCAAAAGGUAGAAAAGUGACCGGUAUAGAACCACUCCAUGGUGAAGACAAGAUUCUUGUCACCACAAACGAUUCUAGAAUUCGGCUUUAUGACUUGAGGGAUCUAACACUUACCUGUAAAUAUAAAGGUGGAACAAACAACAGCAGCCAAAUCAAAGCGAGCUUUAGUACAAAAGGAAAAUAUAUUAUUUGUGGUUCUGAAGACCACUUCAUUUAUUUAUGGAAAACACAUCACGAUUAUUAUAAAUUCUCAUCUGCUCGUCGAGAUCGCAAUGAUUAUUGGGAAGCCAUCAAAGUCCAUAAUGCAGUUGUAACAGUUGCUGUUCUUGCACCCAAUCCACAAUUGAUGAUCAAAUCCAACACUAAUACUGGAACAUCAAGCUCAGAUUCAGAAAUAUCGGAUGAGAGAGAGAUUAUUGUCAGUGCAGAUUUCACAGGUGCUGUCAAAGUGAUGCAAUGUAGGAUAAAAAAUUCUGCUUGAAUCGUUGGAACCAAUCUCCUGUUGUUAUAAACUUCUUGCUCAACUCUCGACUGUUCAGCAGUAUCUCAAAUGCUAAUCAAAUCUUGAUAAAUGGUUUCUCAAUAACACAUGAAAAUACCAAUUCCAUUUAACAGAGCGGCUGAUUCAAGAAAAGGUGCCAAGCUAUAUAAACAUAUGCUCCUAAAAUUUAGUUUCAUCUGGCUAAAGAUAGCAUCAGUAAAACAGAUAUAAAAUGAACCAACUCUUCUGUUAUUCUACAAUGUUAUCUUUGCGGAUAUCCUUCAUGCAGUACCAGGGCAUUGUUGAUUUCUUUUGAGUAAUUGUUUCCAAAUAAUAAAUUUGUUUUGGUUAAGCCUUUUAGCACUUCUGCUAAGAGCUAACUUGAACUAUGACCAAUAUUUCUCGUAUAAAAUUCACAUGUUAAUCUGUGAUACCACUGGUUAAUACUGAAACAAAAACAAUCUUCCUUUAAAAUAUAUUCCUUUUGAGUAUCGAUCUUUUAAUAAAAAUCUAGCUUCUAUA